AUGGCUGUUCCUUGUGCUUGUCUUCCCUCGCCUCCUUCUUCUCUUCUCAAGACUUCUUCUUAUUCCUCUCAAUUCCCUACACUUCUCUCUCCUUCACACCUUUUCUUGACCGUUUCUUCUCCCCAUAACCCAACAAAAAGCACUAAUGCUAGAAACAGUAAUUACACUAACACAGGCAUUGCAUAUUUGAAUUCUCCAGUAUAUGUGAAGGCACAAAACUCUUCUUCUUCUGUAAAUAGUAGAGAGCCCAUGUUGCCUCCUUACAAUGUCUUAAUCACUGGUUCAACCAAAGGAAUAGGGUAUGCAUUGGCUCAGGAGUUUCUAAAGGCAGGUGACAAAGUGAUAAUUUGCUCAAGGUCAGCGGAACGGGUGGAGUCUGCUGUUCAGAGCCUGAGAGAAGAAUUUGGAGAGCAGCGUGUUUGGGGUACAAAGUGUGAUGUUAGAGAAGGAAAGGACGUGAAGGAUCUGGUUGCAUUUGCGCAAGAAAGCCUCAAAUACAUUGAUAUAUGGAUUAAUAAUGCAGGAUCCAAUGCAUAUAGUUAUAAGCCCCUGGCAGAAGCUUCGGAUGAAGAUCUUAUAGAAGUUGUCACUACAAACACCCUUGGUUUGAUGAUUUGUUGUCGAGAGGCAAUAAAAAUGAUGUUGAACCAACCUCGGGGAGGUCAUAUAUUCAACAUUGAUGGAGCUGGUUCAGAUGGAAGACCAACCCCAAGAUUUGCUGCAUAUGGGGCAACUAAGCGCAGUGUGGUGCACUUAACAAAAUCCUUACAGGUGCACACUCAACUUGCUUUGUCAAGUGUUAUUCAAGCUGAGUUGCAGAUGCAAGAUGUUCAAAAUGUUGUGGUGCAUACCCUGUCGCCUGGAAUGGUCACAACGGAUCUUCUCAUGUCUGGAGCUACCACGAAGCAGGCAAAGUUUUUCAUUAAUGUUUUGGCAGAACCAGCAGAAGUGAUUGAAAUGGUUAUGCAUGUUGCAGAAUACCUUGUUCCAAACAUCAGAUCCAUCCCUGCCAAUGGUACAACGAAACCCACUUAUAUCCGUUUCCUCACCGGGGUGAAAGCAUACUCGCAGAUAUUCUCAGUUAAGUGA